AUGUACCAAACGAAGCUAUCAAGGGCAGCGAAAUACGACCCGAUACGUGGCUACUGGGUUCGUGUGUGUGAGACGUGCUACAAAUCACGACCGGGCUACAACGAACACCGAGGAGCGGAGAUUGACCUUACGAGAAAGUUCAUGGCGACACGCCAACAGCGAAUCGAGCGGCAAAACCUGGAGAUCGGAAGGCUGGAAAAGCGGCUGACUAAGCUGACACAGCUAAUCGCAGACGCCGCACCAGAUCUGGCGAUAACGGCAGGGGGCACUCUGGCGGGCCACAAUAAAGCGAGGAAGGCCAUUGAGCAGUCUGUGGUGACGUGGGAGGAUGACGCGGCAGUGGUCCGAUGUCCCUUUUGCCAGCAAGAGUUUGGAACCUGGACGUUUCGGAGACACCACUGUCGGAUAUGUGGCAGGGUUGUGUGUGCGGACCCGCAGACAGAGUGCUCGACCGAGGUCGGACUGAGUGUGGCUGCCCACAGGGAUAUCGCCGCCGACCGGAUGAUAAGUCCGGCAGCGUCAGAGAAGACGCAUGCGCACACGGCCGAGAGCGGCAGCACUCGGACGGCGAGUACGGCUGCUGGGCAGGUCAGUGUCGACAUCCGAAUGUGCCGAGACUGCAAGGCUACCAUCUUUUCCAAGCGAGACUUUGAAGAGGAGAUGUCACGGAAGCCACCAGAUCAGCGUGCCUACGAGACACUGAGGCAAUUCGAGUGGGGCAUCCGGCAGAUGAUGCCGCUAUUUCAACGGGCCCUGCAGUCGCUACAGGCUGAUGGGCCGGGCAAGCCGCCACCGACUCACGGCCAGAUCCAGGAGGCGGCCAAGAUUCGCAAGCGAUUGAUGGACAGCUUCGCCAAGUACAAUUUGGCGGCGGUGAGGCUACGCGACCUGAGCACACAGAACCCGUCACAGAAGCGGCUGCAAAGGGCUGUGUACACAGCGGCGUCUACGUUUCUGCAUGCCAACAUGGUGCCGCUGAAGCAUUUGCCGAAGAUGCUGCGCGCGAAGCAGCCCGGCGCUGCCAACGCCUUGAGCCCGCACCGGAAGGCGCUCUCUCCGCUGAAUGGCAGCGGCCUGCACCUCUCGCCUCUGCGCAAUGGCGAGCUGCUCGGCGAUGGAGACACGGCCAGCCUGGCUGGCAGCGAGGUGAGCACGGCGGUCUCGGCACUGGAGACGGAGGAGAAGGAGCUGCGGGAGAAGCUGGUUGUGCUGGAAGAGCAGCGGUUCCUGGUGCAGCAGAUGGUGGACAACGCCCGCGGCUCGCGGCGGUUUGAGGAGGUGGGCGCCCUGAGCCGCAAUGUCGAAGAGCUGGACCGGGAGAUUGCACGGCUGAAGCAUCAGGUCGGCGGCGUGGAAGAGAGAUGGGAGGGCCUUUAUGCAAUCGGUGCACCGUGA